AUGAGAAUCGGGUACGACAUGUCGGCGGCGAAUAAUGGCUUGUUGCAGCUCAGAUCAUGGAAGAGCGAAUCAGACCCGUCUCCCGGGGACUACACCAUCAGCAUGGAUCCGAGACGAAUGCCUGAACUGCUCUUGUUCAAUGGUACUGAUUUGACGUACAGGACUGGUCCAUGGAAUGGCCAGGGCUUCAACGGCCAGCCAUAUCUCAAGCCGACAAACGAUGUGGUGUUCAACAUGGAUGUGCGCGAAGGCAGCGCGUAUUACUCGUUCACGGCUUUGAACACAUCAGUCCAGUGGCGACUUGUCCUGAUGCCAGAUGGCAUUGCCUAUCGCUGGCGCAGCAACUCCGACAACAAGUGGGAGUACUACUGGCAUUGGCCUCAGUCUAUGUGUGAUUCCUACGCGUUCUGUGGUCCGAACGCCUUCUGCUCCACCGCUGUCUGCCAAUGCCUGCCGGAGUUCGUCCCCACGUCGCCGCGCGAAUGGAGCCAGAGGAACUUCGCCGGUGGCUGCGUGAGGAGUGUGUCGCCGUUUUCUUGUUCGUCAGCGAAUGGGUUUAGCAGACUCUCACUUGUUAAGGUGCCUGACACACUGAACGCCACCUUGGUUCGAGGCAAGAGCUUGGAUGGCUGCAGGCAGUUGUGCUUAGGGAACUGCUCGUGCAAUGCUUACGCCCUGCUUGGAGGGAGUGACUGUCUCGUCUGGUCAGGUGAUCUGCUUGAUACUGUUCAGCUUACUAUAGGGAUCGAUGAUUUGUACACUCGGGUUUCUCAUAAUGAUCCGUCUCACACAGAUAGACAAACUGCUAUCAUUGUCUCUGUCUCUGUUGUUGGAGGGUUGCUGCUUAUUUCUGCAUUGCUAGUAUUUUGUUAUCGUCGAAGUCAACGAAAGCAUUUACCACUAGCACUUGAAUUGUUUGGAACAGAACAUGAGCAUGCCCCAGGGCCUAAGCUUACAGCCCACCUUGAGCAGAGUUUAGAUCUGGAUGCUAUCAGAGUUGCCACCAACAAUUUUGCUGAACGAAAUAGUAUCAUUUCUACCCGAUCUAAGACCAUCUACAAGGGAACACUACCAAAUGUUGGUGAUUUGGCAAUCAAAAGACUAAACACGGAAGCGGGGCUUGAGGAGCUAAAAAAUGAGGUGAAAAUUCUUGCGAGGCUUGACCAUCCGAACAUCAUAAGGAUGAUGGGAUCCUGCAUGGGGAAUAACGAAAACGUAAUAUGCUAUGAAUAUAUGCCCGGUGGUAGCCUUGAUGCAAUUCUGUUUGCUGAAGAUGACAAUUGCGGAGUCCCCGACUGGCCUUCACGUAUUCACAUCAUUCAAGGGAUUUGUGAAGGGUUACUAUAUCUGCAUGAGCAUUGCAGAAUCGUUCAUCGCGAUAUAGACCCUAGUAAUAUACUACUUAGUGAUGGUUUCAGUCCCAAAAUCUCAGACUUUGGCCUUGCAACUCUGCUUGAUCAAGGCCAAUCUGAAGGGAAGGCGGAGAGCUUCAGGAGAACACGUGGAUACAACUCUCCUGAGUUGUUCUACCGCAAAUCGUACUCGGUGAAGUCCGAUGUGUACAGCUUUGGCAUAGUACUUCUGGAGAUUGUAACAGGCUGCAAAGCGGCAUCAUUUAGUAGAGAAGGUGCUGAUGACCUUUUUACAUAUGUUCGACAGCACUGGACUCAGGGAACUGCUGAGCAAUUGAAGGAUCCAAGAAUGGGUGAUGCUCCCAGAGGAGAGGUGGGAAGAUGCAUUCAUAUAGGUCUCCGUUGCGUUCAAGAUGAUCCAGACGUGAGGCCUACCAUGUCAUACAUCAGGAACACACUAGCGGCAAUUCGCUCUUAG